AUAUAUAAGGAGACUGCAGGAAUGAAGUGUGAUCAAGUUCUGUGCCCUAUUAUAUAUAGGCCUAAUCCUUCACUGAGUUUUUUGUGGUGUGUUACAUUUUGCACUAUGGCUUCUCUCUUCCUUAGAAACCAGAGGUUCUCAUUGGCUACUCUACUGCUUCUUUUGGAACUAUUGACAGUAAACCUUCGCACGGCAGAUGCUCAAAUUGGCGUAUGUUAUGGCAUGUUGGGCAACAAUCUACCACCAGCAAACGAAGUUGUGGGUCUUUACAAAUCAAACAAUAUAAGGAGAAUGAGACUGUAUGAUCCUAAUCAAGCUGCUCUACAAGCACUUAGAAAUUCCGGCAUUGAACUCAUUCUUGGAGUGCCCAAUUCCGAUCUUCAAGGCCUUGCCACAAAUGCUGACACUGCUCGCCAAUGGGUGCAAAGAAACGUGUUGAACUUUUGGCCUAGUGUCAAAAUCAAGUACGUGGCAGUUGGCAAUGAAGUGAAUCCUGUUGGAGGCUCUUCUUGGCUAGCCCAAUAUGUUCUACCUGCUGUCCAAAACGUGUACCAAGCUAUAAGAGCUCAAGGCCUUCAUGAUCAGAUCAAGGUUUCAACGGCUGUUGACAUGACCCUAAUAGGAAACUCCUACCCUCCAUCACAAGGUUCCUUUAGGGGUGAUGUGAGGUCAUACCUAGACCCAAUAAUUGGGUACUUGCUAUAUGCGAGUGCACCUUUAUUAGUCAAUGUGUACCCUUAUUUUAGUUACUCCGGUAACCCUCGUGACAUAUCACUUCCCUAUGCUCUUUUCACCUCACCAAAUGUUGUGGUACAAGAUGGUCAAUAUGGGUACCAAAAUUUGUUUGAUGCUAUGUUGGAUUCGGUGCAUGCCGCAAUUGAUAACACUAGGAUUGGUUACGUGGAGGUGGUUGUGUCCGAGAGUGGGUGGCCCUCGGAUGGAGGGUUUGGUGCCACUUAUGACAAUGCACGCGUGUACUUGGAUAACUUGGUUCGUCGUGCUAAAAGAGGUAGUCCAAGAAGGCCUUCAAAGCCCACAGAGACUUACAUAUUUGCCAUGUUCGAUGAGAAUCAAAAGAGUCCGGAGAUAGAGAAACAUUUUGGGCUCUUCAGUCCCAAUAAGCAAAAGAAAUACCCGUUUGGGUUCGGUGGAAAAAGGGAUGAGGAAGUUUUUAUUGAUGACUUCAAUGCAACGAUUUCUCUUAAGAGUGACAUGUAAGGUGGGAAUCACACUUCUCUCAAAAUAUAUGUUGUUUCAGCCACUAAAUAAGAGAGAAUGUGUUGAUGGUCUGAAAUAUUUAUCCUUCACUUUUGGAUAAAUAAGUGUCGAAAAAGUUAAUAAGAUGAAACUAUAUAAUAUGAGGCACGGUCAAUUACAUCUCUUA